UGGAUUACGGAAAUCUGGGGGCAAGGGCAAGAAACAAGAAAAAGAAAACCUGAGAGGUUCUCUGGAUAGCAGAGGUUCCCGAGAACUGUUGGAUGACUCUGGCAACAACCUGUCUGCAUCAGAUUCAGACUCCCCUGCUCCUACUUGCAUGCCUUUCUCUUGGUUUGGAGACAGCCACAAAGAGCCUCAGGUUUCUAGUAGCAGCCUGCACGUUACUCAGAGCGGGCAGGACGGUUGUGAACACGGUCAAGAGAGGAACAGAAGCAAGAGUAGAAUUGUCAUAGAUGAUACAUACCAUAGCAAGCCAAGUUGUGAACUUUCAGGGUUAGUGACAGAACCAAAUCUGUCAGGUCGUUCACACACUUUAACCUUCUCUUCAAAUGAGGCAUUAGAUGAUGAAUUUACAACAACAGGAAAGCAAAAUCAAUGGCACAGCAGACCCAUUUCUGAGUGGACCACCCAGCAAGUAUGCCACUGGUUAAUGGGAAUGAACAUGGAGCAGUAUAUUACGGAGUUCACAGCUAUGAACAUCGACGGACAGCAGCUAAUGCAGCUCGACAGUGAGAAGUUAAAGGCUUUGGGAGUUUCCAGUCAAAAUGACCGAUCGACAAUAAAGAAAAAAAUUAAGGAUAUUAGAAAAACACAAGAAAAACUGGAAAAGCAGAAGGAAAAGGUUCAAAAGAAGGAGAGAGAAGUUCGCAAGACUGGCAGAGUGGUAGCCACUCUUGAAUCGAGCUGCUGAAAUGACCCCGUUUUAUUUUAGCUUCAUCUGGAGGAGGUGCAGCAGAUUUGUAUAUAAGUGUACAAUUGAGGGAGGAGGCAAAGUGCAACAGUUUAACAUGGUAGGUGGUAUUUUACUUUUUAAUUAUGGUCCCUCCUCGUUACAACCCAAUAAACUGAAAUAACAGUUUCGGUAUUUUCUUCCUAGUUGACUCUGCCUGUACUAAUAGACGAUAAUUUAACUUUCUGCCUUAAGUAAUAUUUGUGCUUCCAAGACCUCAUACGCCCUUUUCAUUGAAAUUGAUCUUCGUGAAGAGUAGAAUACUGCGUUGAAAAUCGUUAGUGUUAGUCAGCUAGCAUUUGAUGGUAGAGAUGAAUCUGGUAGAGGGACAAGAGAAAAAUCCUGCCAACAAAGUCAGCCUGUGACAGUCUGUUUAUCUGUUGCCACUAAAGAUGUAUAGUAAAAAUUAAGUUUAAGAAAGCAGUAAUGUCAAAUUAAUUUAAAAAGAAACCGUGUAUUUCAAAUUUAUGGAUUAUUUUGUUUAAUUCUUGUAUUGCUGGGAUUUUCAUUCAAAGUUCACUGUAGCAGCAUAUUGUUUUUGAAGUGUGUGUUGCAAUUAACUGAGAAAAUAACAAAUAUUAAGUAGUUUUCACAUGAAAACUACAUCUUCUAAGCAUAAUAUGAAGUUUUCUGUACACUACCAAGUUUGUGUUGGGACGAGGUUUAAACCUAUAAAUAAGAUCCUUUUUUUUAACCUAUUUUUCCUAAAUAGCACAUAGUUUUAUAGAUCUAUGCUACGAAUAAGAUCAGUUUGCAAUACAUGUAUUUCUCUUUUCUACCUGCUACAAGAUUUUUGCGGACCAAAUUUAUAUAUUUGCUAAUUUUAAACUAUACUGUUUUACAAACUUAAAAAUCCGAGGGAAGAAUUGUAGGAAAAAUUAUCAGCGAAGCACUGGGUUUCUACAUUGUAUUUAAAUGUUCAAUUGUAGACUACAGAUUAUUUCUCUUUAAAGGAGGAUUUGAUUCUCAGAAUAGUUUAGAACAUUAAUUGGUGUUUUGUAUAUUUACAUUCGAUUUUCUGGAGAUACUACAAAGCACUUCCUUUAAUUAGAUUAUUCCAGAAACACAGAUUAGUUUAAAUAUCAAUUCCACCAUAGAAUGGACUAGAACAAAACGUACAGAAUUUGUUGAUGUGGACCAAGUUCUCCUUUAAAUCUGUGGACUGUUUCUCAUUCUGAUUAAAUGAAUGAACUUCACUGUUGGUGUUUCACGGUUAUUAUUAUUUUUUGUAUAAAUGUCUUACGAAUUUCAGCAGCAGAACUGUGUGGAAAUGCUAAUAAUGCACACUAUGCAUUCCCAAAAUAAAGUCUGGAAAACUUGGUAAUAAUUGCUUUUAAAAAGA